AUGGAUAGUGAGAAACCUCUGGUCUGUGUGGUCUAUCUUGGUGGCUCGCUUGUGAGUGACAAGGAUGGUUCCUUAUCUUACACUGGCGGAGAAGCCCAUCUAACAGAUGUUGACCGUGAGACCACAUUUGAGCGGUUUAAAUCUGAGAUAGCUGAGAUGCAUGGCGGCGACAUCUCUGGUUUGGCCUUCAAAUAUGCUCUACCAAGCAAUAAACGGACUCUCAUCACGAUCUCAAAUGACAAGGAUUUGAAGCGGAUGGUUGACAUUAACCGCGAUAAUUCAUCACCAGAAAUCUAUGUAUUGGCAAAGGGUAGUGGCCCUCUGGUCCCUGUCAAUGAGACCAAAACAUUCCAAGCAGAGUCAUCAACACCUAUUGCAUGCAAUGGUGAUAGGCUGAACAAGUUGAGUGUUUUGUGGGAGAAUUCCAUUACCGGUGUAGGUCAGUUGUUCAAGGAUGCACUUGAAUUUCGUGAAGCAUUACGUAAAUAUGCCAUUGCAAAGAAUUUUGGUUACAAGUUUGUUCAAAAUGACCGUAGGCGUGUGACUGCUAAGUGCAAAGGUGAAGGGUGUUCAUGGCGAAUACAUGGUUCCAGGGUUUCCACGACAAAAAUUAUUAAAAUAAGAGUUUUCAAGGAUGUGCAUACAUGUGAAAGAAAUGUUGAAACACAGAGUCAUCCACAUGUGACCAGGUUCUGGAUUGCAAAUGUGAUUAAAAAGAAGGUUCAAGAAGAUCCAGAUUAUAAAGUUUCAGAUAUUGUGAAAGAUAUCUACCAGGAUUAUGGUUUGAAACUUAACUAUUCACAGGCUUGGCGUGGUAAGGAGACAGCAAGGGAGCAACUUCUUGGCAAGGACAUAGAUUUUUAUAAGCAAUUGCCUCGUUACUGUGAAAAGCUGAUUGAUACCAACCCAGGUAGCAUUGCUACAUUGGCUACUACGGCUGAAGAGCGUUUCCAUCGUCUUUUUGUAUCAUUUCAUGCAUGUAUUUCUGGAUUUGAACAUGGCUGCCGGCCGUUGAUUUUCCUUGAUGGUACCAUACUGAAGUCAAAGUAUGGAGGGACUCUCUUUGUUGCUGCUUCUGUUGAUGCAAAUGAUGAUAUCUUUCCUGUUGCAUUUGCUGUGGUUGGACAAGAAGACUAUGAUAAUUGGCACUGGUUCCUUCUUCAAUUGAAAUCUGCAUUAUCAACUUCUCGUCUGCUGACAUUUGUAUCAGAUAGGCACAAGGGAUUACAAGAAGCUGUGCCAGAAGUGUUUGAAAACUGUGAUCAUGCCUUUUGCUUGCGGUAUUUAACAAGAAACUUGAAGAAGGAAAUGAUGGCAGCAUACUCUAAAGAGGUUAAAGAUGUGCUAGUUGAAUUAAUCUUUGGUGCUGCUAGAGCAAGCAGGACCGAUGAAUUUCAUGCUUGCCUGGAGAGCAUAAGAUCUGUGUCACCUGAGGCAGCUGCCUGGAUCAUGGGUGUGGAUCCUUCACGGUGGGCAAAUUUAUACUUCAGGGGAUCACGUUACAAUCAAAUGGCAACAAAUGUGAUAGAGUUCAUCGAUAGUUGGAUAUCAAAGGCAUGUGAUUUCCCAGUGCUUAAGCUAGUGGAGGUUAUGCGUUGUGAGAUAACAGAGCUAUUUCGUACGCGUUUGGAGAAUUCUACUAAAUGGAAUACCAGUCUCACUCCUAAAGCUGAAGAGAAAUUGCACAAGGAGAUGGAUCGUGCUCCUUUGCUUUCUGUGUCUGUUUCCUCUGCCACGGUGUUUGAAGUGAUUGAUGAUCAUAUUAACAAAGUUGACCUUGAAAGAUGGGAAUGCUCGUGCCUCAACUGGAAACUUAUGGGUUUGCCCUGUAGGCAUGCUAUUGCAGCUCUUAAUUGCAUUGGCCAAAGUGCUUAUGAGUUUUGUGAGAGAUAUUUCACGUCUGAUUGUUAUAGGUUGACUUAUUCAGAGACCAUCAACCCUGUUCUUGACAUCGACUCCAUAAGUUCCACUACAAAUAUGGAGAUGGUAGUUGAUUCAUAUCCAAAUGUUGAGCUUCCUAAGACCCGUCGUUUGCGUGGACGUCCUAGGAAAAGGCGAUUAGAAUCACAAGAAAUUGAAAAAAGGACACUUCUUUGCAGUAAAUGCAAGGGGCCUGGUCACAACAAAACUACAUGUAAAGCAUAUGCACUGACGACUACCUGA